UCUCAAAAGAGACGCUACUCACCUACUUGGAUCUGCUGUGGUCGUGUUUCUCAAGAAUGAAAAUGCGCUUGUUUCUUUUUCUCCUUUUCCCCUGCUGCAUCUCUCAAGGGGCCCCGGACAAUCCUGAGCUCAGCUUUUCGCAUCCUCGUGCUCGACCAUUUAUUUGAACAGCGCGUCAAAACUCAUCUGUAACAUCAACUUCCAUCGCCACCGCCGGAUUUCUCCAACAAGUUCCCCUCCUGGUUUCUCUCCCUCCCACAAGCAAUCCACAUCGUCGACAAGUCCCUGGGUAUUUACCUGCCUACCUACCUAUGCAGUGAAUAGUAAACAGUAAACAGUGUGCUACGCCAGUCAACACGCUAGCAUUUCAAGGCCUGCAGCAAUAGUGCCAUAUCAGAAUAGCUUCGGCGACUACACACGCAGUCAUGGCGACAAAAACACCAGUCUUCCCGUCGGCGGAAGAGACCAUGAAGCACCCCUCCUAUCCCUCGGUGAUAUGGAACCUAGAGCCCGACCGCAAGGGGAAGUGUCCCGUCGCCCAAGGCCGCGGCGGACCUUUGAACAUCGCCUGGGAAAUUCACGGCCACGGGCCCUCGAAGAUCAUUUUCAUAAUGGGCCUCGCAGGUCUCAAGACCUCGUGGCAGCGCCAGACUAAACACUUCGGCCAUGAUAACGCCGCGCGCUACUCGGUCCUCAUCCUCGACAACCGAGGCAUGGGCGAAUCCGAUGUCCCCUACGUCCGCUACACGACCUCCGCCAUGGCCCUCGAUGCCCUGGACGUCCUCACCCACGUCGGCUGGUCCGCCCCGCGCAGCGUCCACCUCUUCGGCAUCUCCAUGGGCGGCAUGAUCGCCCAAGAGCUCGCCUUCGCCGCCCCGUCCCUCUUCGCCUCCCUGACCCUCCUCUGCACCGCCCCCUGGAUCGAGAACACCAAACCCCUGCUGGAAAACCUGCGCGAGCGCGCCUCCAUGCUGAUCCCCAAGACCGCCGACCGCAGCAUAGCCGACACGUCCCUCAAGCUCUUCCCCGCCGACUGGCUCGUCAUGCCCGACGAGGCCGCCGAGCUGCCCAACGACGCGACCCCGCGCUGCGGCCCGGCCGACGGCGGCGAGGGCUACGGCCGCUUCGACAGCAACUUCCAGCGCUUCCAGGCUCAGGAGCUCGUGAAGCGCUCCACGCCGGGCCUGUUCAGCAUCCGCGGCUUCCUGCAGCAGCUCGUCGCCGCCGGGUGGCACCACAAGUCGCCCGCCCAGCUGCGCCAGCUCGCCGAUGCCGUCGGCCGGGACCGUAUUGCCGUCCUCCACGGCACGGACGACAACAUGAUUGACGUUCACCACGGCCGCCUGCUCGCGAAGCACCUCGAACCGGGUGUUGUUGAGUUCAUCGACGGCAUGGGCCACGCGCCCAUCAUGGACAGGGUGCCGUGGAUGAACCGGUGGCUAGCAGAUCGCAUCGCUACCGUAGAAAGUUGGAAUCCGUAGAUGUGAAUCGGGAGUCGGGGUCUGCUGGUCAGUUGAAAUGCCCGACGCAAGUCGGGGGACAUGGUGCGCGAUGAGCUGGGACACGUUCUCCGAUAGCUAUAGGCCGUGAUGGUUUGAUUCAUUUACUUGUGAUACCUCUUCACUUUCAUCCACCCACCCCGCUCACCUCCAACACCGGUAU